AUAGAUAUUUGCUGUCGUAAUGUAGGAGUUUAUCGGAACUGGUUCUAAAAUGAGCGUUACGCGAUUUCCUUCCCAAAUUCACAAAAGUUCUUGUAACCGGCAGUUCAGCGUUCCGUCUCGGAAAUUACCGACUUUCAGAUCGGAAACAACACCGGUGAAAAAGAUAAUAGUGGAAAUACUCACAAAAUCAAACGAGGAAGGGGAAAAUUGAGUGGAAGCGGAAAACAUAGUAAACAGGAAAGAAACAUUCAGAGAUAGACAAAUAUAAUUUUUGAAAACAAUGCAAGGAAUAAAACAGCCGGACUAUUACAGAGCCUGUAGUUUCACCGGCUUUUCCGGAAUGAUGUUUCCGGAUCCUUCAUACGGGAAGACUGCAUGGACCCCUCAAAGUCCUGGCUCACAGAUCCAUCAAGGUUAUCCCCAUCCCCACAGUCCUUUGUCGGCAUUGGGUAAACCUUCAUUAGAAUCCGGAAAUUCACCAUGGAGACCCCAAGGUAGCGGACAAAUACAAUUAUGGCAGUUUCUUUUAGAACUACUUUCCGACAGCGGUAAUGUAAACUGUAUAUUAUGGGAAGGUACGAAUGGGGAAUUUAAACUCGUGGAUCCUGACGAAGUUGCGAGGAGAUGGGGUGAGAGAAAAAGCAAGCCAAAUAUGAACUAUGAUAAACUAAGCCGUGCACUAAGAUAUUACUAUGAUAAAAACAUUAUGACCAAAGUACAUGGAAAGAGGUACGCAUACAAAUUUGAUUUCGCUGGACUAGCACAAGCAAUGCAGCCAAGUGCGCCAGACCCGGCAGCGUAUAAAUACCAACAAGACUUGUUUAUGUCGAGCUAUCAUCACAAUUCUAAAUUCAACUACUUAAAUGCGCACACUCCAAUGACGUCAUCGCCAAGUUUGUUCCCGCCACCGUCAAGUUAUUGGUCGCCAUCAAACGGGAGUUGUUCAUUUUAUCAGAAUAUUUCCAGUCCCCACAUGACACAUCAUUCCGCACCGAUGCCACCUACUCCACAUAUUGGGACAUACUAUUGAAUAUAGUUCAAUUUUAAUCCAAAUAUUCAAACUUCAAUGAAGUGAUAUUUUUUCUGUAUCACUCCGCUUGAAGCGGGAUCAUUUGACGAGAAAACGAACAUCAUAGAUGGAAACGAGGCUGUGUCGUUAUAAGCGUUGGCGCCGCGGGAAAGCCAUGUAUUACUGAACACCACGGUCACUUUUCAACAGUCUUGAACUUCAAAAACUGUUCGGGACUGAUCUGUUUUGUUUGUUAUUUUUAGAACUUGGCUUAUUGUGAUGCAUGCAUGCUGGACAUUUCAUGCGAUCGUUAACGCUAUAUGAAAAGAUAAAAUAUGAAAUGGGUUCUCGAUUGAGAAAAAUUAAAACACGGAAUGCUUAUAUAACAAGUGAGAUUGCCAAAAAGCAGUUCUGAUAUUGUAAUGUUCUUCUAGUCCGCUUUCUGAGACAAUGUUCUUGAUAUUGCCUUAUAUACAUGUCCAUUACUCAAAUAUGUGCACGUGCAUGACUCAAAUACAUGUAAAUAAUAUAUAGUCGUAUAUGUGCAUGACCAAAAUAAUGUACAUAACAUACAUACAUGACUCAAAAACAUGUACACUACUACUCAACAGAGCUGAAACGUGAUAAUUUAGAAACAUGUGUACUUCAACGUCCGUAAAAUUCUGACAAUUAUAUUACAUUAUGUAUAUUUUAAAUGUAAUGUUUGUUUUAAUAUUCACUCGGAUGACUUUGAACAUGUUUUAAUUUUCUAAACUGCAUGUAUACUAUAUACAUGUAUACAUUACUAAGCGCUGAAUUUAAACAAAAACCAACAAUUAUUUCAAUUGUAAAUAUAUAAUCCAUAAACUUUUGAAAUAAUACUUUGUCCAAAAACUUCAAAAAUAACUUGAUAAUUAUAGUAAUAAUUUGACCAUAUGUUAUGCUUUUUUAUAAUUUAAACAUAUAUAUUAUAAAGUAGCAUUCAAAAUUGUUCAUAUCUGACACAAUUUUUGAUAACAUCCGUUGGAGGAUGGACAAAUUAAAAAGAUUACUGCAGUAUGUGUACUUAUAUGUUUAUUUUGAAAGUUAAUAAAUAAUCGACGUGGUAUGAAAAGUGACGUAAACAACAUAUUAGUUUCCGUUUCAGCUCUGAUAAUGAAUAAUAUCUGUGAUCAUAAAAUGUUUCAUUGUCUUGAAAUAUUAUAUAUAUAUACAUAUAUUUAUAUUAUACAUGUGAUUUAUAAUUAACUUAUGUUUCUGUAAUUGUAACUUUUGUGUAAAUUUAGAAUACAUUUUUUUCGAUUAACUGUAUUAUUUGUGAAACCUGCCACAAUUUUGCAUUCAUUUAAUUGCAUCAGGUUUAAUUUGUGUUAUAUUUUUUUUCACUUUUGUCCAAAUUAAUGAGAAUUAUCAUAUAUGCUUUGUUUAAAACAAAAAGAUAUUGACCAAAUAAAA